ACUUCCUGUAAUGUUGUUUUUAGCUUUUGCGUUUAGUGUGAGCUUCAGCUGUAUAUUUUGGCAUUCGGGUUGUACAUAAGAGAUAAUAUUCCGUUACGCUUGUACUACGUGUUGUAAUGUGCGUCAGGGGUUGUUAAUUACGUGCCAUGUGAUUUAUUUUUAAGUAAGUUAAAUUCAGUCGCUAUCAAAAAAAACUCGUGGACGGUGUGCACUGAGUUUACUGAUGCAACAUGGCAGCAAGUACUGUCAGUAGAUGUCUUCACUCCGCUUUAAGGAGGAUUCAUGUGGCCCAUUGCCGUGGAGUUCAUUCUGUAGUGGAGAAGUCCGUGAGCCGAGUGUCCAGUGUGGCAGUAUGUAGACUUAAGCUCAGUUCAGAGGAGAGACACACAGAGCUGAAUGGGACAGCUCGUGCCCGGGAAAGGGACAAGGGCGGUGGUCAGGACAGGAGCAAAAGUUUGAGAGCUUUCCAGCGCCUUGGCCUGGGACUGUGUGCCGUGGCUCUCCUGGACAGUUACAACAAGGACAGAGAACAGACCUUUAUACAACACAUUCUCCCAGUAGCUCAAUGUGCCUCGCCUGUUAAGCCCGACACUCCUCGCUUUAGAUACAAUUUUAUUGCUGACGUUGUGGAAAAGUCGACUCCUGCUGUGGUCUAUAUUGAAAUACUUGGCAGACACCCAUUUUCUGGGCGAGAGGUCCCAGUUUCCAACGGCUCUGGUUUCAUUAUCAGUGGAGACGGUCUCAUUGUCACUAAUGCCCAUGUUGUAGCCAAUAAAAGAGGGGUCCGAGUCAAACUCACAAAUGGGGACACUUAUAACGCCACAGUACAGGACGUGGAUCCUGUGGCUGACAUUGCCACCAUCAGAAUAUCCUCAAAGAAUCCAUUACCCACUCUACCCCUGGGACGCUCGUCUGAUGUGCGACAAGGAGAGUUUGUGGUGGCCAUGGGAAGCCCUUUUGCUCUGCGCAACACAAUCACCUCAGGAAUUGUCAGCUCUGCUCAGAGAGGAAGCAAGGAACUGGGCUUGUCUAAAUCUAACAUGGAUUACAUUCAGACAGACGCAGCUAUUGAUUUUGGCAAUUCUGGAGGCCCUCUCAUUAACUUGGAUGGAGAGGUCAUUGGAAUCAACACAAUGAAAGUAACUGCAGGGAUAUCUUUUGCCAUUCCAUCUGACAGAGUGAGGGUUUUUCUAGAUCAGACAGCCAACAGAAAAAACUCCAGAUUGAGUGGCUUGGAGCACAAGCGAAGAUACAUUGGUGUGAUGAUGCUGACUCUCACUCCAAGUAUCAUCACCGAGCUGAAGCUGAGAGACCCCAUGUUCCCAGAUGAUGUCACACAUGGGAUCCUCAUCCACAGGGUCAUAGUGGGAUCCCCAGCAAACAGAGCUGGCAUGUUACCAGGAGACAUUGUGCUGGAGAUCAAUGGCACAGAGGUGAAAACAUCAGAGGAGAUAUACACAGCUGUCCACAGCAGCGAUAGAAUUACAAUGCUGGUGCAACGAGGACAUAAGCUGAUCCAGCUCCAAAUGACUCCGGAGAUUGCCGAAUAAAUCAACAUAAGGACUGCCACUCAACACAGCACUGUCUGACACUAGCGCAUUAUUUUUAACUUGAAAUGGCUGAUGGUAACGUAAUGUUUAUUGAUGAAUGAGCCAAAGUAACAUGAACUGAAACGUCCUGCAACAGCACCGAGGGCUAUUAUCUUGAAUAAAAGUAU